AUGAUCGUAGGCAUGGUUGUUGGCCUCCGAGUGCCUUUUUCUUUCUCGAUCGACGAUGGUUAUGAGCUCCUCGUUGCUCAGAUCACGAAUCUCGGUCCACGAUGGCAGGUAAGUCCCAGAAUUCUUGGAUGGGUUGCUUCCGGCGCCUGUGCACUCAGUGUAGAAUUCUGCCUCGGAGUAGUGAGCUUCGCUUUGAUUGAACGGUGCUUGAUUCCCUGGUAUACGGAGUGGUCUUAG